GCUAAAGGUGCAGAUCAGACACCAGAUCAUCAGGGAGGAAAGACGACGGAAAGAGAAACGAAGUGAGGGAAGAAGUCUUCAGAGAUGGUUGGUUAGCAGAGUCGCCUCAUGUGGAUCAGACACUCAAGGAGUACACAACUCAUUCUACAUCCAUCCAUCCCUCCAGUCGCAGUUUGUUCUCAGGUGUAGAUGAAACAUGAACAGCUCCUGGCUUUUCCUGGUUAUGGUGGUUGCCAUUUUUGUCUCGAUGGUGCUCCUGGCUGUCGUCUGUCUGGACUGCAGAACAAAUGGCCCACCGGUCUCCAUCAGCCAAGGAAAUGCGUCAGAUGAAUACAUGCCAUCCACUAAUUUCAGAGUGAUCCAUCCAUACCAGCCGAGCAUUGAUACGAACUCCAUCCACCCUUCAUCCAACCUGCUGUCACCUUUCUCACCUUCAACUGAUCCUGGAACUCAGAGGAGACAUCGAUCCUUCACCCCAACAGAAACUCAAAGUAAUCCAAGCUAUGAGAAUCCAGUUGAUGGACCCGAUUACAUAAACACUGAGAGUGAUCAAGAAGACCCUGGAUACAUAAUUGUGUUGCCUGAAGGUGAAAAUCCUCUGACCAAUCAGAGCCGAGCUUCGACACCCAGUUCAGAUGUUCUACAUGAUUAUGAGAAUGUCCCAGAGAAGAAAGAGGACAGAGAUUACCUGAAUGUUGAGCUGCUGCUCCUUCAACGAUCAACACCAGACUUGUCCGCUCAGAGCAGCAGCAGUAGUGACAAUGAUGACGAUGACGAUGAUGAUGAUGAUGAUGAGGGGAACUACGUCAAUCAGCCACCGAUGCUUCCCUGCUAGCCCAGUGCAUGAUGGGGCACAGACUGACCGUCCACAUCUUUCACCCUCUUCAUUUUCCUGAAGAUGACGAUGACUUUCACUUGAGAACAGAUCACCUUUUCGUUCUCAGUUCCUGACGACAGCUGAGGGUACUCGUCUUACACAGACAGGAUUUGUCUGUUUGAGGAUCCGUGGGGGUCUCAAUUUUCAUCAGACGUCUGACAGCAGGAGCACUGCUGUAGAUCCAGACACUUCUAAUUGUGUCUGCAUGGAGGCAGAAUUAUGUAAACACACGGUUUAAUCAGGAUUUUAAAGCCAUGUGUGCAAGUGGUUGUACUUUCAUAAUCUCCCAAACCAACCCUCUAUAGAAGCCCUAUUCACACAUGCCCUAAACUAUUGGAAUAUUGUUGCACGUUCGAAUGCAGAUAGCAUCAUUUUUCAUCUCAAUUGUUUGGAACUUUUUCCUCCAUCGUAAAAUUUGCUCAAGAAAGUGGGGCAAGCUGAUGAACGCAGCCGGAUAUCAACUGGCCGUGAUGAUGCACACAUGGUCCCCAACCGAUGUGGUCUUCUGAAGCUUAUUGAAGCCGCUUCAUUUUCUUCCUGCUCACCAGCAUGUUUCAUUCCCAUUCUGUCUUUGACACUGUGAAUACGUCCAAUUAAACAUAGCAUUCGCGCAACUCAGGAGAGAUUUCUAAGGGUAGGCCGUCCUUUAACUUUAUUGAAAUCUUCCUGAGUGCAUGUGUGAAAAGGGCUAGAGUGAGACCUGGCCUAAUUCUUUAGUUUUUACCCUCAAAUUUAGCAAAAAGGUAUGGUUUAAAAAUAUUAGUGUCAACUUAGACAGAGAGUUAGCCUGUUACUGAACACUAAAUUUAAAUCCAUAAUCAUCCUAACAACAGUUGAGUCCAGUCCACAAACCGCCAACAUUGUAGUUCCUUCUGAUGUCGUUUACAGUCAAUCUCUCACCAGGAAUCAGUCCAACAAAUUUUACUUUUGCAGAAUUGUUUCAUUAUUAUUUUUUAUCUAAUAUGUAGAAUUCUUUAUUUUUUUUAAUCCUGUUAUCCUCUGUAUCUUUUUUUGUACCAUGUUUAAUACUUUGAUUUUACUGACAACUCCUGAGAAUGUCUACAACUUACAUUUUUUACAGUGUAUUUAUGAGUCGAUGAUGUCAUAUUCGCAUGUCUCUUUUUUAUUUUUAAAGUUACUUCAAUUCAAUUAAAUCUUAACAAAGCUGAAGACAA